AUGUCUGUGGAAGAAGUCGCCCUCACCUCCCCUGGUCCUUUCGAGGGCCCCGAAAAAUUGCUCGAGCUUUGGUUCGCUCCUUCGCUCGCAGAGCUCCCCGACGCGCCGGAAUCUAGUCUCGCCGGUGGCCUCAAAUCUCGCCCUGUCAAAGAUGGAGAACAGUGGAAGGGGCUCAGGAAAGUGCCCAAGGAGGUCUGGGAGGAGAUGCUGGAUAUCGUCAAGUGCAAGGUGCUGAGCACCGUCGAGGGAGAUGAUUUGGACGCCUAUCUUUUGAGCGAAUCAUCACUCUUUGUCGCCCCUCAUCUCCUCAUCCUCAAAACUUGCGGUACCACCCUCAACCUUCUCGGUCUUUACCGCAUCAUCGAAAUUGCCCGACAAUACUGCGGUUUCAACACCGUAUACCGAUGUUUCUACUCGCGAAAGUCAUUCUUCUUCCCCGAACGUCAGCAAGGGCCGCAUAGAGACUGGCGAGAUGAGGUGCAGUUCCUCGACCGCGUAUUUGGUACGGCCGGAGCAGCGUACACUGUCGGCCCCAUGAACCGCGACCACUGGCUCCUGUACCUCACCACCCCCAACUCCCAACCCAUCCUCCCCUCCGACCCAUCACCCUCAUCUCUCCCUCCUUCCCUUCCCCCCAUCCCCGCUCCCGCUGCGCUGCCACAACCGACAACCCAAUACCAAGACACCACCCUCGAAAUCCUCAUGACCCACCUCUCCCCCCAAGCCCGCGCUCCCUUCUUCCACGAAUCCUUCGCCGACCAGGCUUCCACCACCCCAGGGCAUGUCCUCGGCCAAGCCAUCUCCUCUACUCUCGGUAUCGACCAGCUCUUCUCCAAGGAGGAGACCAACCUCGAUUCAUUCGGCUUUGACCCCUGCGGCUAUUCUGCCAACGCCGUCAUCGGCUCUGGCCUGCCGGAAUCUUCUUCUGGCAAGCCGGGGGGAGGAUACUUUACGAUCCACGUCACGCCGGAGGAGGGAUGGUCUUAUGCGUCUUUCGAGUGCAACGUCCCCCUCCCCACUUCUUCCUCCCCGACCGAAGGUCUGCAAAACAGGCCAGACUUGCAGACCCUCAUCAAGAAGGUUGUCAACAUCUUCCAACCCUCUCGUCUCUCCAUCACCCUCUUCGUAUCCACCCCCUCCCCAUCCCCGACGGCAGAAGAAGAAGAAGCUGAGAAGAAGGCGUGGAACUCGUUCGGCCCGAGUUUGCUGGGCAAGGAGUUUGUGAGGAAGGAUAGGAUUGGGUAUGAGUUUGAUGGGUAUGAUUUGGUGUUUGCUUGUUUUGAGAAGAAGGGGUGGGUGGAGCCGAAGAUGGUGACGGAGAAACCUGCGGAGGGAGAGAUAUAA